GCCCGUGGAAGACGCCCGUGAAAGAGGUGAAAGACGCGUGGAAGGUGUGGUGAAGCAGUGCAAUCUCAGUGAACGAUCCGAUUUUGUUAAGAAAAUCGAAAACUACUCGCGUGUGUUGUGUGUCCGUUUUCGUCGUCAUCGUGAGUGACAGCGCACAGUGACAACCUCUUCGGGAAUGUCCGGGCUUUCCUGAUACAACACAGGUCCAUCGCGCAGCAUCGAUUUUUCUCCGAAAAUCGAAACUCCUCGUCCUCCGUGUCACUCUUCCCCCACUCAUUUUUUCAAGCGAUGCUUCAGGAAGCAGGUGGAAAUUGCAAGAGAUCCUCUCAGAGCCUAGCAUAACCUCCAUCUCAAAUGCAGCAUCCCUGCAACAAAAACGAGAAUCCACUUUAGACAAAAAGUAUCUCCGACUCCAGCUCUCAGAAGUGUUUUGAGAUUGAGAUUAUUGACACUUGUUUUGGGUUUAGAAAAACUUGAGUCGAGAAGUUGACAUUUUGAACCCGGAAGGAAAUUGUCGCGGGAAGAUCGAUAAUUCGCGAGGGGAAGGGGGCAGUCGUGGUAAUCUGUAAGAAGUGCUAAAUUGUUAAUCCAUGUCUACCUACAAAUCCACGGAUUCUAGGAAGCUAGCAUCUCAGUCCAAGUGCCAUUUCGUCAUAUCCAAAUAUUUAUAUGACAACCUCUUUUCUAAGCUUGGAAGUGGAGUAGAUAAAAGUGCCAUAUAUUCUGGAGUCUCUUGAUUAACUCUCGCGCAUCAGAUCGGAGAUUAAUUCUCAAAGCUGGAGAUUUAGUGAGUGCAGUUCCAAGUAGAAUCCUGGGAUCUGGAAGAUAAUUAUCAAAGGGCAAAAAAAAUGCCGGACGAGAGAGAAAUAACAGAAGAAGGACGAGUGUGUCCGGACUGGCUUUGUCAGGAGCUCAGGUCCCAGGAGAGGUCCAGCAGGCUUUUGAUCCUAGACUGCAGGGCUCAUUUGGACUUUGUUGAGGCUCAUAUUCGAGGUUCAGUUUCUUUGGCGAUUCCAAGUAUUAUGCUGAGGCGCCUGGCUGCAGGAAAAGUAGAUUUGCUCUCGACUAUCCGCUGCUUGGAACUCAGGUCCAGAGUGGAAAUUUUUCUCUGUGGAGAUCAAAACAGCAGAGGUACUUUUAUCCUGAUUGGAGACUCGACUGAACCUGCUGGACACCAGGGCGAAACUAUUCAGGUUUUGAGUCGAAGGCUAAGAAGCAGUGGAGGAAGCGUUGCUACUUUAAUUGGAGGAUAUGCAGCCUUCAAAGAUUGCUAUCCAGAAUGGUGCGAAGGUAGUCAAAAUUGCACGGAAGGUUCACCUGGUCAGGAUACAAACGAGGGAGAGUUGAUGGGGCUCAGGUCAUUGCGUAUCUCUGCACCUCCAACGAGGGCUUAUUCUGAUUCCGAUAGCGAUAGUACCUGCGAUUCUGUCGGGCCAGAAGAAGACAAAGACUUUCCAGUGGAAAUUCUGCCGCACUUGUACCUUGGAAACGCAGCUAACAGUGAAGACCAAGAGUCUCUGGUUCGUCACAGGAUACAAUAUAUCCUAAACGUUACGCCGGAUUUACCAAACGUUUUCGAAAGUGGUGGCUCAAUAAAAUAUAUGCAAAUUCCAAUCAGCGACCACUGGAGUCAGAACUUGGCAAGCUUCUUCCCCCAAGCAAUCAAAUUUAUCGAGGAAGCAAGAAGUUCAGACAAAGGAGUCUUGGUCCACUGCUUGGCUGGAGUCUCCAGAUCCGUCACGAUUACCGUCGCUUACCUCAUGCACAAGUGCAGACUCAGUCUAAAUGACGCCUUCAAUUUGGUGCGCAGCAGAAAAGCAAACAUUGCCCCCAAUUUCCACUUCAUGGAGCAGCUUCACAGUUUCGAAAAAGAACUCAGGGGCCAGGGAAAUCGAAUCCAAGGCAAUGAUCAGAGGUGUAUCGGCGCUUGUCGACCCGGCGGACCUUGCAGUUGUCCCGCACCCAGCUUCCUGAGUCCCCUCGACCUGGGACUCAGUCCAGACUCUGGAAUUGAAUUCGACAGGUGGGCAGCCAGCACUCCGGCGGAAUGAGACGGGCAUGGGGGGACCCAAUACAAUUUCUAGGUCCCUCCUAGUUUCGUGCACAAGAUUUAGAAAGAAAGAAAUGAAACCUUUUCUUGGAAGAAGCGUCUAGCAAAUCAAUCCAAAAUAAUCUUCCUCAAGAAGUAAAAUCGAUUUGUCCAAAUGACAAGGUUCUAUCUCUGCGAGGCUUCCAUUGGUGCUCAAAGGAUUCACGAGAAGAGGUGAACACGAUUUGAAACUUUUUUCCGAAAACCUAGGAGGUAUCGCAUUUUGAAAUGCAGAGUCUUAAUUGUCGACGCAAAGACGAAUUAAUAUUUCGUCUGUUUGUAUAUAUAAA